AUGACAUGUCUGCUGAAGAAACAAGGCAUCAUUCACAAGGUGGCAACAGCUUACCAUCCCCAGACCAAUGGGCAAGCCGAGGUGUCAAAUAGGGAGAUCAAGCGCAUAUUAGAGAAGAAUGUGAAGCCUCACGGGAAGGACUGGAGUGCUCGACAGGCAGAUGCGCUUUGGGCUUAUAGGACUACAUACAAGACACCUAUCGGAAUGAGUCCAUUCCGCCUCAUCUACGGAAAGGCAUGUCACCUUCUAGUGGAGGUGGAACACAAGGCAUACUGGGCGGUGAAAGAAUGCAACUUAGGAUUGAGGGGAGCCGGCAUUAAAAGGAAGCUGCAACUUCAGGAAUUAGAGAGCCUUCGACUAGAGGAGUAUGAGAACUCACGGCUCUACAAGGAAAAGGUGAAGGCAGUGCAUGACAAGAAUAUCAAGAGAAGAGAGUUUAGAGCUGGGAAUUUGGUCUUCCUCUAUAACUCAAGGCUAAGACUCUUGCCAGAAAAGUUGAGAUCAAGGUGGGAAGGACCCUAUAGGGUGGAGAAGGCUGAGCCUUAUGGAGUCUUCCACCUGAGUCACCUUUCAAGCCCCACCUUCUUCAAGGUAAAUGGCCACCGCUUGAAUUUAUAUCAUGGUGAGAAAAUGAAGAGCAAUAAGGAGCUGGAGAUCUUCCACUUGAAGGACCCAGCUGGUGGGUGA